AUGGGACUGUCAAGCGUGUACUGCAGCAUCUGCGGUACCAAAGUUGCCUUCCGCUCGCGCGACGAUUCGUGGCGGCGAGAUUUCCGUGCAAUCAGGUGUGACCAAAACUCUACAAUAGAUGGUAAGCCAUUCCUAACGGGGAUCGGUGGCUUUGUGCCACCCACUCUGCAAGACUGUGCCGCCCCGUCCGACCCAGACGCGCGCUGGGAUGGCGAGGGCGUCGUGCUGUCGGAUAACGAUAGAUUCCCCGCGUUGAUAGGGUGCAGAGAGUUCUGCCAGCCUGGAUUCUUGUUCCAUGAAGUAUGCUGGCAAUUAUUGCAGGGGAUGCUAUAUCCUCAUCCGGUCCCCAUUGAGAGAUUCUACGAUAUCUGUCUUUCCUUUCCCGCGAGCCACAAGGGGUGGCUCGACUGGGGCCAUGAUUACGACGGCUUGAUGGAGAGAUUUCCUUCUGCGGGAUAUCCAUGGGAGGACGUUAACAUAGUUGCUUUUGUGAAAAGGCAUUUGGGCGAGGAGAAUUCUCCCUUGGUCUUCUCCAGAUCCCAUCCGUUGGAUAUUCCGGAGAUAGAGCAGGCCCUUGCAGAUGUGAAGGGAAGGCAGAGCUUCGAGACAAGUGUUAGCGAUGAGCGCUACAUCUCCCCUGAUUUUCCGGGAGCAGAGCCGGACUGUUUUCGAAAAUUACCCUGGGAGAUUCUGGAAUAUAUACAGAUGCUAUUACCGUCUCGCAGUGUGACCAGCGUCAGACUGGCCUCCAGAUCAUUUGCGUCACUCAAACUAGGCCAGUCGUUCUGGGCAUCGAGAUUUAACUUUCACCAGGACCGGGGGUAUUGCUUUGAAGCCAUACAUCCACUUAAGAGUCCUGUCUCUGAACGGCGCGGUAGGGAUUGGAAAAUGCUCUACGAGAGAACAAAAUCAAAGGAAAUAUCGUCAGAUGAAUUGAGAAACAGGAAACGCAUCUGGCAUUGUCUAAGGGGUCUCGUAGAGCUCCUACUCGAGAAACCAUUGACUAGUCCAGGGCUCAUGAGAAAUCUACUAGCAUCAACUUCCCAGGAAGAGGAAUUCCUUGAGGCGAAGACCGCCUGGAGGCCGGUUUGCGGUGACUCUGCUAUGAGGAAUCCAGCCCUGCCUCUCUCGGGGAUACCGUGCAGGGUUAUAUAUGACCGGAUCAUUUUCAUAUCGCACCCUAUAAAGUUCUUGGGCGUUUCCUUUUGUAACUUCAACGGUGAACAGUAUAUAUGCGGCCUCCGAUUCGUGUUCGAAGCAGAAGACGAAGACCUUCUAGCAGGAUACGUCCAGCCUUCCAAGGAGGUCUAUCUCGAUGUGCACGGCGUACUCACCGGGUUCAUCAUAGCAACCGGCCCAAGAGGCAUCAAGGCUCUCCGUGCAGUGACUAGGGCAGGACACAUAACAGACUGGGCCGGAUCCCCGGAUGAUUUCCCUCAGACCGUUCGACUAUGCAUGAAGAGUCCCAUUCAUACCUUGAAAGUAUCCGUUGAUGGUUUCAAACUAGUCUGCCUAUCAGUCCAAGCAACCAUCUCCCCUCUCUUCCCAGCGGACUCACAGCUCGAAGCAGAAGCAACAAGAGACGCGCCUCACCUCCCCCUCCGCACGACAGGCCUCUGGUACCCAUCCAUCCCCUCUCUGACGCAGAACCUAUACCCCUCCACCUUCCCCGGCCGCGACGUCUCCCUAUACGAAUACCGACCCCUGGUCCACGUCAUGUUCGGUGGCCGUCAUGGGUCCUUACUGAAACAUCUAACCCGUAUCUCCGUCACGGUCUCCAUGGCAGCCAUCGUCGGGAUCGACUUCUUCUACGACGACAAUGCUCCCUUUCCAUUCCUGCAGGCCUGCAGAUCCACUGCCUCCGCGGAUGACUCGGUGAAGAUCCCCUUCUCCGUCGAUGGGCCCGGAGGUGAGAUCCUUACGGGGCUACAGGGGGAUGGUGAUAUUUUUUUGGGUGCUUCCCAUCAUCACGGUGGACAGAAAUACGGGGCAAUUACUUCUUUGAAGGUAACAACAAAUCACGGCCGCUCUUGUACCUUCCAACCCAGCGCAAUCCCCAUCCUCCAACUCCCUGCGGGCCCCUACGUACGCCGGAAGUCCAAGAAGACCGUGAUCGAGCCUGGAUCCACUCUAACAGGGAUAUACUUUAUGCAUGACCCUAAAUUUGGUAUGAUUAGCAUAGGACCCAUUUCGGAGGAUUUGAGCAAGGAUAACGUGUCACAGCACAAGGGAAUAGAAGAUGAGAUUCGUGCUCGGUUGGCGGCGGUGCGGGAGGUAGACGUCCUUUAG